AUGCACGAGUACGGUUUACCGGACAAACUGGCGCAGCUGAUCAAAGUUACGCCGGAACGAGUGAUACCCGCCCAGUUAGCUCCGGGGUCGCAGUACAAAACACAAACACAAAUUGGAGUACCAAGUUGCAACCCGUUCUUUCAACUGGAGAACGUCACGACGAAAUUCGUAAGAAGAGCAGCAGUGGGAAAUAUGAGCUAUGGAACGCCAAGAUGCGAAGCUGGUACGGACGAGGCUUUCGUAGUAUUUGCAGUGGCCAUCGCAAUUGUGGCUGGUGCUGCUGUCGAGAAAAAGGAAGCGGAACAGUCUGCAGCCCCAGCUGAAGGAGAGAAGAAACAAGACAAGCGUGGCCUGUGGGAUUUGGGCUACGGAUACGAUUCGCAUGGUUGGGAUUCAUCGCUGAAGUUGUCGCACGGAUGGGAAGAUCCUCACCAUGUAACCACCAUCAUCAAGAAAGAACACGUCCCAGUUCCCUAUGAGGUCGAGAAACACGUGCCGUACCCCGUGAAGGUCCCAUACCCAGUGACCGUCGAGAAGCACGUUCCAGUUGUUGUCGAAAAGAAGGUCCCAGUGUACGUCGAGAAACCAGUGGCCUACCCAGUCAAGGUCCCCGUCAAGGUCAAGGAAUACAUUGAGGUCCCCAAGCCAUACCCAGUGCAUGUUGAGAAACCAUACCCAGUCAUCGUGAAGAAGCCGGUGGUCGUCGAGAAGCACGUCCCAGUGUAUGUUAAGUCCCACGGCUGGGAACCUCAUAGCCACUCGUACUCCGAAUUCCACUCGUACCAUUAA